AUGGCUCAGUCCAGCUUCCCUAACACAUGGAAGAUUGCAAAAGUUAAUGCAAUCUUUAAAAAAGGAAACCCAGCAGAUGUUUCAAAUUAUAGGCCAAUAUCACUUUUAAGUAUCCCCAGCAAGCUGCUCGAAAGCCAGAUCUGCAACAUAAUUGAUACCCAUCUGAACAGCUGUGGCAUAAAAAGCUGUAAACAGUGGGGGUUUAGCAAGGGACUAUCGACUGAAGGAAUGCUUACCUCUAUGACUGAAGGAUGGAAGACAGCAAUUGACAAUGGUCUGACAGUUGGAGCAGUCUUUAUUGACUUCCAGAAAGCUUUUGACACUGUCCCCCAUUAUAUUUUAUCGCAUAAACUACACGCCAUUGGAAUAUCAGGAUCUCUUCAUGAAUGGCUAAUGAGCUAUCUUACUGAUAGAUGUCAAUUUGCUGAAGUUAAUAAUUGCAGGUCGGUCACUGACUAUGUGCGAUAUGGAGUCCCUCAAGGCUCGCUUCUUGGCCCCCGGCUCUACACCAUAUAUGUUAAUGAUCUCCCUGACCACAUCGACUCGGGAGAUCUAUACAUGUAUGCAGAUGACACUACAGUUUACUGUAUUGGACCAAAUGUUGACCAGGUUAUGUUGUCACUAAAUAAAUCAUUGGAGCAAGUUCUCCUGUGGAGCAUUAAGAAUCAGCUAACCAUCCACCCAAUUAAAACUGAAGCAAUGAUACUAAGUAAAACCUCUUUUGUUGGGCCUAUACCUCCCCUCCACUUUAACACUGGCCAUAUCGACCUGGUUAAUUACACCACUUGUCUUGGAGUUAAAAUUGACAAUAAGCUGACAUGGUCUGUGCACAUUGACUCAGUGAAGAAAUCUUUUACGCAGAAGGUUGGAGCGUUGAAGAGAAUGAGAAUCCUUCCGAAGAAGGUUCUCGAGGAAAUAUACUUUAAAACAAUUAUCCCCAGUGUAACGUAUGGAAUUUCGCGGUUAUCCGCGGCAUUGGCGCCUAAUUUCAAAAUGGCGGCUAAUUUUUCAGUACAAGAAGUGCUCGAAAUGAUUGCAAGGGACGAAGAAAUGGACGUUGAUGUCGAAGAAGAAGCGAAUGAAGAGGUCACUUUGAUCGAAAGAAUUAAAGAGUGCCUAAAGGAGGUUGGGGAUGCUGGCAUAGACGUCGAUUUUUUUGUCGACACCGGCGUGUCUAUGCUUGUCCCUUUGUAUGACCUAAGGAGAUGUGAAGUAACCCCAAUACAUACAGUUGGUACUAUUGACAGAAUGGAUAGGUGUGACAUCCACUGUGGCAAGCUGAGUAGAUCAUACGAGGGGAAUACCUUGGAGCAAUGUGGCUCAGGAGUUUUACGAGCGUUGUCAUUAGCAUGGUCAGUUUGUUACUCUACUUCCUUGUUAACUGCACCUGCCAUAGGAUUUUAUCUCGUUAGGAAAGGUCUGUUGAGUCAUGCAGGUUUGGCAAGCUUGUCUAGGUUCAUUGGUACAGGACUUAUGGUUGUGUUUGGAGCAUUGUGCAUAAGAGGAUAUGGACGAUUUAAAAAUCAGGACUAUAGAGUAUUCUUAGCUCUUUUAGAAGAAACAAGAAUGAAUAACAAUGAGGAAAACAAGAAAAGACUUGGGUUGUAUGACUUCAGUUUUGAAGCUUGGCCUGUUGAUUACAAAUGGAAUGAAUCCAAAGCUGAUCAAGAUGUGCGCAGGGAAGCCAAGAAUACCACCUCUCAAAGCAGGUCUUCAAGAUUUUUAUCCUUUCUUGGAUCAUGGCCUUGUGACUUUCUCAGGUAUUUUGUGGCACACUCAGUUGGUCGCCCCUUGAUCUACCCUGGAUCCACUGGUCUUCUUCAAAGUGGAUAUGCUGAACCUUUGAUGACAGGGAGGCAGUUUUUGAUUGAACGUAGUGGCAAGAGAGCAAAACUGGAAGCAGCAGAUGGAAAUGCGAUUGAUACCAUGUUCAUGGACAAGAGAUCAAGUGGGGAACAUGGAGUUCAUGGGGAUACUUUGGUUAUAACAUGUGAAGGGAAUGCAGGCUUUUAUGAAGUUGGUCUGAUGAUGACUCCUUAUAAAGCUGGAUAUUCAGUUUUAGGAUGGAAUCAUCCUGGUUUUUCUGGGAGCAGUGGUGUGCCAGGACCAGAAUCUGAGAGAAAUGCUAUAGAUGUUGUGAUACAAUAUGCUGUGGAAGUGCUAGGCUUCUCAGUUUCUAACAUUGUUAUAUAUGCAUGGUCAAUAGGGGGUUAUCCAGCAGUUUGGGCAGGAAGAACUCACCCUAAGAUUGGUGCUUUGGUUUUAGAUGCAACAUUUGAUGACAUUGUUCCACUUGCUCAGUGCAAGAUGCCUGAAAGCAUAAGUGGUUUUACGACAAGGGUUGUAAAGGAAUAUUUUCAUCUUGACAUUGCUCGUAUGUUAUACAGCUAUCCAGGCCCGGUGCUGUUCAUCAGAAGAAUGAGAGAUGAGAUCAUCACAACUGAGGAAGGAGAUAUCAGCUCAAACCGUGGAAAUGAUCUCCUGGUGAAGUUUCUCAAAUUCAGAUAUCCAAAGUUAGUUGAUGACAGUGGUGAAGACGCAUUAUAUGAAUAUCUCGCCGCCCCUGAUCAAGCCACCAAGAAAGCUAUUUGGAAUAGCCUGAGUGUCGACGCCAAUUUAUGCGAGUCAAUGUACAAGAAUUAUGUGAAAGAAAACGGAAAGGAAUAUCCCAUGAUGAUUGGUCAAGAUCUGUCAUUGGAACAACGGAUUCAUCUACUGAUGUUUCUAGUUUUGCAGUAUUUGAUGGACUUUGAUGCCACACACUGUAUGAAUUUGCCAGCUUCAGAGUUUCGCCAACCCUGGAAUGAGUAGCGAUAUUCAUUUACGUUCUGCGGGAAAUCUUGACAACGCUGAAACGAUCUUUUUCAUUAGUGUAGACUGCUUGUGUAGGAUUUAUGAGGUAUAGAUAUCUACGUGAGUCUGAUUAAUCCUCUAACCCGAGUAACGGUCUGUUCAUAGGUAGCAGGGUCAAGAGGUUCUUAUGAAAAGUAAAAGAAAAAGAUUAGCUUACUUGAUCUCAAUCCAUCUUUUUAUCCACAUGCUACGAAGGUGUAAGGGUGAAUAAUUUAUAAUAUAAUGAAUUAACUAGAUUAUUGUUUUGCUACAAGAAAGAAACUUUAAGUACUUGAGCCAUCCACCCGAGCCUGUGACUAAUAAAUAACUUUUCCUUUCGAUAUUAACUCAUUGUUAGACAGUUAAGUACAAAUAAAGGAAACAAUAGUGUUAACUAUAAGAGACAAAGUUUUAUUUAACAUCAAAUUCCCAUAAGUGAAAUUUUAAGAAAUACAUGGCAAGUAGGGAGAAUUGUUUAUGAUCUUUAGAGCCAAUGACUCAAGCCAAAAUGCAUUGUUGUUAUUAUUACCAGUUUUAAUUUGCGUUGUCUUUUGCCAUCUAUAUUGUGUUUCUUUGCUGCGUUUACUUGCGUAUUUGUUUUUUUUUUUUCGACCUGGGCUGGGGAUGAACAUUACCUCCAUUCUGAGGUUCUUUGAAAUCAAGAGAUUAAGAAAAGUUUAUCAUCUCUUGGUUCAAUAUGUAAGCAUUUUAUAAAUCUUGGUCCAAACCCAAAUUUUCGUGGUUCAUGUGGUACUGUAUGCUGAGUAUGAUACCCACUGAUUAGACUGUACAGGAUAUUAAGAUCGAAAAUAAUCAGAACAAAGGUUUCAUUUACACUAUUGAAAGCCAAAUCUUAAACCAGUAAAUGAAAGAAAUGGCUUGACGCUGUUGUUUUGAUGGUAUCAACUACUUCUUUUAAGUUCAUUUCAAACGUGGCGCAAAGUUAGGGCUUUUUUCGAUGAAUUCCGUGAUAAAAUUUGUGUUCCUUCGCGAGAAAAAAAUUCCAUAUCGUUACUUCUAUUAAAUAUGAUGUGUAAUAGUUUAACUGACAGGAUAUCAGUUCAGAAAGACCCGGUUUUAGUUAGGUUUAUCGUAUCGUUAUUGUAAUUAUACUCCCGUGAUUUUAUGAGAAUAUCAUACUAUCUUAGGGUGACGCGUUAUUAAUUGUUGCUUCAUUGAGACGAAACUAUUUAAUGCAAGUUUUUAAAUGUAUUUAGUGUUAUUUGACGUAACGUGGUUUUGAAUUAAUUUGUGGCAGAUAUGCAAAGUGUGAAAGCUUUCCGCGGUAGUAAUGAUUGUAAAAGGUGUGUUUAUUCACCGUGGUUGUAAUGAUAAACGAAUUCAAAGUAUAUUCGAUUGUUUCAUGAUUUAUAGCCACUAACAUUUAGAUUCCAGCUGUUGAUUAAGGAUCGCGACGUGUCGAAUGCUCUCUUUUUAGUGUUCGUCAGGCGAUGAGGUUUGAAUGGUCACGCGUAUCUGGGGUGCUCUCAUUGGUGCAUUUCGAUCCUCAUUGCUAUUCCUACUACUAAAUAUUGUUUUUUUUUAGGUUCGCUUGCUUAUGACUGGCUGUUGCGCAUUUUUUUUUUUAUUGUAUUUAUACCUCUUGGAAAGAGAAAAAUAGAGAGGUUAACUUAUCGAUCAUGCCAGUCUGAGGUCAACUUCGCUUAGGGUCUCCCCCAGAGGAGUUUGAGGGAAAGACAUAUUUGCUACAAUUUAAUGGAGAUCAAUUGAAAAGAAAAACAAAAAAUGUCUAAAGCCGUAUGGAUAAUUUAUAACAGAGAGAUAGACCCCGUAUGUGAUAAAAAGAUCGAGUUGCUGUAAAUUAAACAGGAUGAAAAUGA